UUUCUCUAUAAAAGUAGAAUAAUUUUAGAUUUUUUAAACAGAUGUUUUAAAAACAUUGAAAGUAACACUUGUUUGUUUGUUCUUUUUUGGUGAACGAAAAGAAAAAAGAAAAAAGAGAAAGAGAAUUCAUAAAUUACAUGUACAGUUUAAAGCCUGACACUAUAAACUUCAAAAAAAAUUAUGAACAAAGAAAAACUAUAUUAAAUCCUAUAGAUAAUUCAUUUGAAAAAUUAAAUAAUUGCCUAUAUGAAUAUCAACAAUAUAAUUGUUUUACUAAACAUGAACAUACUACUAAUACCACUACUACUAAUAUUAAUGAUAAUAAUAACAAUAAUGAUAAUACAUACCAUCAUCAAUCAUCAUCAUCGUCAUCUUCAUCAUUAUAUUCUGAAUUAUUAAAAUAUCCUUUGACUAAUUCAGUAAUUACAUAUUCAUUCCCUAUUAAAUCUUCAUCAUCAAAUGAAUUAAAUAAAUUAAAUGAACAACAAAAUUCUAUUUAUUGUUUGAAUAAUACACAAAAUGUAAUAGAUUCGUCUAUUAAAAAACGGAA